GAUUUACUGAUUCACUCAACCACAGCUGUUUCAGAUGUCUGAAUUAAUGGAGCAAUUCUUGGCGCUGUCAGUGUCUCCUCCUCUGAUUCCGUCACUUCCAGACGACGUCACCGUUGAUAUCGUAGCUGCUCGGGUACCCAUAAACCAUUACCCGACUCUCUCCCGCGUUUCCAAGAGUUUCAGGAAACUCAUUGCCUCUCCUACGCUCUACAAGAGGCGAUCCCAGCUAGGCAUCACCCAACACCGUGUCUAUGCUGUCCUCCACAGCCGCAAAACUCGUGCUUCCAGUUUCUACAUCCUCCACCGGAAAGUCGACGACUGCAGUAACCGCUUGGUGGUUGUCCGGUCAAUUACUCUCAAGUCUUCCUGCGGAAACUAUGUCCCGGUGGGUUCGAAGGUGUAUGUGUUUAACGAUCUCGAUGCGCUCAGCAUUGACUGCACCUCUCACACGUCUCAGUCCAUCCCUGAAAUUCCUCAGCGCAUGGCUUAUAAAGUGGUUAACGUGGUUGACGAGAAGAAGAUUUAUGUAAUCGGUGAUUCGGUUUGUCAUGUCGUUAAGGAGGAGGGUGGUGUGUUGCGGGAAACGUGGAAGAAGGCAGUCACGGUGUUUGAUACAGAAACCCAGUUGUGGGAGCCUAAGUUGGUAAAGGAAGACAUGUUUGUAGGUGUCCUUUGGUCUGAUUCUGUGGUGAUGGAUGGUAAGAUUUACAUGAAAGAUUACAGCAAGGGCAACUCUUUUGUUUAUGAACCAGAUGAAAGGAAAUGGGAAUUGAUGGACGAGGUGUUGAAUUCUAAGGCCUGGGAGGGUGCAUGUGUGGUUGACAACGUCUUGUACUAUCACGAUUUGAGGGCGUUGAGGGCGUAUGAUCCAAAGCAGAGCUGUUGGAGUGUUGUCAACGGUUUGGGAGAUUUUUUGGUGGCUAAGACUGCUCGUUCAAGGUGGUGCCAUGCGGUGAACUAUGGCGAGAAGAAGCUGGCUCUCUUCUUUCAUAAAAACCAUGAAGGCAAAGAGGUCAUUUUCUGUGCAGAGAUUGCUUUGGAAAGGCGCCAAGGAGGAGAGAUUUGGGGUCAGAUGGAGUCGUGUGAUGUUGUGAUUGAGGAUGGGCUGUUUGACAUGGUCAAAUUUGUUUCGGUUUCCCUUUGAUGCAGCAUACUAAUUAAUAUCUCUAUUUAGAUCCCUUCGUAUUUUAAAUUAUCCUAAAUGCCAUCUCUUGUGGUCGUAAGUUUGCUAACAUCGUUUAUGUUAGACAAAACCUUGAGUGUGUUGUUUUAUGUUUUCGUUUAAAACUUUGG